AUGGGUAUUAUUACGAGAUCGAAGAGCAUUGGUCUCACAGCAAUAGUUACAUCAUAUCCUGCUUAUCCGCCCAUCAAAUAUAAUAAUACAAAACUGCGUAGCCGAGCAAAAUCACGCUCGACCGCAUAUCGUUCUACCUCUCCUUCUCCAAUUAAUCUUCGACAUAAUCAAUCAAAAUCAACUACGCUAAAACGUUCAAAAACGGCUUUACGUACACGUUCUAACAGUAGCUCAUCAUCGUCAUUAUCAUCUCUUCAAUCAAUGUCUCAAUCAUCUUCAUCUUCUUCUACCAUCACGAUCGAUUCUGUUUCAUCUGACUUGAACAAUCUAAGUUUAAAUAACACUUCUACAAUUCCUACUUCGACAUCAUCAUCUUCAUCUGAAAUUAUUCACCUACCACAACCUAGUGCAAUUACCGUUAUCAAAAGUAUAAGAUCAAAGGAUGAGCUGUUUAUGGCAGGCUAUACUUAUCAAAUCAAAGUUAUUCAGAAGCAUGAGAUCAGAUGGACAUGUAAAGAAAAACAUAAUAAAAAAUCACCUUGUCGUACAGCAAGUAAUACAACAAAGAAUUCAGCAACUGAAAAAAAUCCCAUUUAUUCAUUUGCCAGUUCAAAUUCAGUGGCACAUAAUCAUCCUCCAGAUGAAGAUAAUAAAGUGAUUUUAACAUUUAGAUCUAGAUCUAGAUUAAGAAAAUUUCUUGAAGCAAAUCGUAGCGCACCACCGACGAAAUUAUAUUAUAAACUUGCUACUGAUAUGAAAGACUAUACUAGGAAAUAA